AAUAUAAUUAUUAUUGUUAUAUCGUAAGUUUUAAGUGUAAAAAAGUGGUUUAUUUAAGUGUUUUUGUGUUUUAUCAUGGUGUUUCGUCAGUAAGUUAUAUAUAACAAAUCAAAAUGGCGUUAUGCGAAGGGCAGUUGGAUUCCGUUCUGCCUCAGCUGAAGAGGGACGAGUCGCCGAUAAGCGAGGGCAGUCAAAAGGCGACACCGGAGAAGAAAGCCAAGAUCGAACACAAUGGUGACGUGUAUGGGUUGAAUCAAGUGCCUGGAGGUCUACCACUGAGCGUGGACUUCAGAUCUCCCGUCUCUCACUUUGUACCGCCGGAGUUGUAUGCGGCUCGUCACAAGCAAGAACAGAUCAGCACCCCAGAGUCGAGCGGUCUCCCGACGCCUAUAAAACGCAAGCGCGGCAGACCGCGCGUGGACAAGACCAGCCCCGAGUACCUCGCCAACCUGGCGGCCAGGAAGCAGGCCAAGGAGAUGGCGGCCGUGAUGAAUAACAGAACGCCCGACAGUGGGGAGAAGCGCAAGCGUGGCCGCCCGCGCGUGGACAAGACUAGCCCAGAAUAUCUGGCGCGGAAGAAGGCGAGGGAACUCGAGGCAUUAGAAAGGAAGGCAAAGAGAGAAUACAAAAGACGAACUACGGGAGAUUCGGCGGCAUCGUCUUCGGCGGGAGAAAAUACGCCGAGAGUGAAGAGAAAAUAUACUAAGAGGACGCCGAACCCUAAGAAGGAUGCUUCGACAUCUUCAGAGAGGGUUAAGGGCAAGCGCGGUCGGCCGCGGAAGUCUGACCAGCUAGCCGCCGGCAACAAGCAGCAGCAACAACCUAAGAUCAGAGUAAGGAAUAACCUGAUGCCGAUGAACGCGGAGCCGAUCACCCUGGACAGCGACGACGAGCCCGAUCUAGGGUCUCCUAGCCAGGCAUCGGACUCACUCAGUCUAGACGAGAAUCUCCGCGCGCUCAGACACAUACACGAGAAAUAUGCCAACAUAGACAAGGAUGACUUGUACGAGGCGCACCUCCUAGCCGCCAACUUCAAGAAACCCCUCGACUCCCAGAGGAGGGAUGAUGAUGAAGUGCUCUCCAUCAGGAGUUCUGAAGGUUGCGCUUCCGUUAAGGAGCUAGACGCGAGGGUCGAGAAAUUAGAAGACAGCUCCAAUUCUGACUCCGAUAGCAGUAGUUCAGGAUCUGGCAGUUCGAGUUCCGGGUCGAGUAGCUCGUCCAGCUCGGGCUCGUCCAGCUCGUCGGACAGCUCGGACAGCGAGUCCGAACCCGAGGACAAACCCAAGACUGAGCCGCCGCCAGCCAACCAUCACAACGAUGAUGACAGAUCGUUCGGCGCGUGGUCGUACAGCGGCCCGGCCUCGGGCUCGGCCUCCGACUCGGACCCGGAGCGUCAGCCCCCGGCCUCCGGUACAGGCGCCGCCUCUCACGACGAGAUCAGCGAGUCCGACAACGAGUCCGCUGACAAGAGCUUCCAGUGUCACGUCUGCAGCAAGUGGUACUCAACCAGGGUUACGCUCAAGAUCCACCGCCGCGUCCACCAGAACCGCGGCGGCGGCAACUCCCGCUCGCGAGCUCGGUCCUCCGACAGAUACGAGUGCGACUGCUGCAGCGAGACCUUCAACAGGCGUGAGAAGCUGUGGGAGCACAAGGCGGAGGCCCACCGCGGCGCGAUGACGGUCCGCUGCGAGGUGUGCCGCAAGUGCUUCGAGGACGACGCCGAGCUGGCCGAGCACGACCUCACGCACACCGCCGACGAGAGGGCCGGCCGCUGCCCCUCGUGCGGGCUCUCGUUCCCGCGCUACGAGCAGCUGCGGCGGCACAUGGCGUGCGCGCACGGCGCGGCGCCGGCGGCGGCGGCGGCGCGCCUGCCCCACGCGUGCAAGCAGUGCGGCAAGAGGUUCUCGCACGCGCACUCGCUCACACGCCACAUGCACAACCACGCCAAGCAGCUGUACCGGUGCGUCGUCUGCAAGGCCUCCUUCGCCCGCGCAGACCAACUGGCGCAGCAUCUCAACAGUCAUCUCGCGAACUACAAGCGGCUCAAGCCGUGAGUCUGGCAACACUACGGGCGAGUGCAAACCUACGUUAUAACACAUUAUUAUAUUAUAUUAAUAUAGAGUUUUAUUUA